UCUUUGAUUUAAUAAAUGUUGGUGUCUUUUUGUUUCAGUUCAAGAAGUAGAAGCCGUGACAGAAGAAGAAGUAGAGAUAGGCCAAGUCGAAGCAGACGUGACAGAUCCAGAAGUAGGUCACCAAUGUCAUCAAGGCGGCGACAUGAUGGAAACAGGGAUGACCCAGAGCCCAGCAAGUGUCUUGGAGUGUUUGGUCUGAGCUUGUACACACAGGAGCGUGACCUGCGGGAGGUGUUUGGCAGGUAUGGAGAAAUGGAGGAAUGCAAUGUUGUCUAUGACAGACAGAGUGGAAGAUCCCGAGGAUUUGCCUUUGUGUAUUACAGAAAUGUUGAUGAUGCUAUAGAGGCAAAAGACAGAUGUACAGGAUUGGAAAUUGAUGGCAGAAGAAUACGUGUUGACUAUUCAAUAACAAGAAGGGCACACACACCUACACCUGGCAUCUAUCUUGGCAAACCAACCAGCCGCAGUGAAAGGUAUGACGAGAGGGACCGUUAUGAUGAUGGUUACCGUGGUGGAUACAACAGAAGACGUUCUCCAUCCCCGUAUUACAGUAGACGACGUAGACACUCGUAUUCCAGAUCUAGGUCAAGAUCGUAUUCACCACGUCGAUCUUAUUACUGAAGGCUUGAAGACAGAAAAUGGAAGAAUAAAGCUUGAAGAUAGAAAAUUUGGAAAAGUUGUUUAUAGAUGAAAAAAAUAGAAGAAAAUCGGGGUAGAGGAUAAAAGCUGUCAGGGUUGAAGAUAAAACCUGUCAGGGUAGAGGAUAAAAGCUGUCAGGGUUGAAGAUAAAACCUGUCAGGGUAGAAGAAUGAAGAAUUAAAGUUAAAUAGGAGAAGUCAAAGUCAUCAAGUCUUUAGCUUAUUGAAGAUCUUGAAGAUGCUAGAAAUUGAGUAUGUGGCAUAUAUCAAUAAUUGGUAAGAACCAAAAAUGAGUCGGUGAAAGUCGUAGAAUAAAUAUUUUAGUUUUCAAAAAAAAAAAAGCAGUGUACAGAAAUUACUGGGAUUUGCUUUUUUAGCCUCGUUGAAAUUUAAUGCAUGAAUAUUUUUAGGUAUAAAUAAAAUUGGAUGUGGGUGUUUCUUAGAUAAAAAAAUUUUUGUAUACAUAUAUAAGGCAUUUCAUCGUUAUAUUUAUAUUGAAAAAGGUUUUGAAGAAAGAAAAAUGAGAAAAUUUUGGAUAGGAAGAUCAAUGUAGUCAGAAAUGAAGAGAAAUGCGAAGAAAUCUAGAAAAAAGGGUAGAAAGAAAAAGGAUAAAAGAAGUAGAAGAAAGAAAAAAGAAGAAAAGGGAGAAUGGUAAAAUAUUCAGAACUGUUUGUCAACAUAACUCGUUUCCCUAGUAUCUACAUAUUAACAAUAUAAAAUGGGUAAAUUUAUAGUAUUCAUCUGAACAAUUUGGUUUUGAUGAAUAAUAUAAUUAUGUCCAUUCAGAAUCUUUGUGAAAGUAUUAAGGAAAGGGCUUAUUUUCAUUUUGGGUUUCUGUCCUUUGUCUUUGGCAACACAGUCUAAAAACAUAGUCUUUAGUUAAUUAUCCAGUAUUUUCUUACGUUGACAGAUAGAUUUGAAUAUGAUCAGUUUUGUGUCUGUGCAAGUCGUUUAAAGAAAUAGUAUACCAAUUAAAUUUUUCAUGUGAUUGAAUAUUUUAAAUCUUAAAAAGAUAUGAUUGAAUAUGUUGACACUUUCAGCACCUGUUGAAAGUAUAUUUUUCAGCUGAUCAUCAGAAGAUUUGAAGAUACCUCUUUUUAUAUGUGUGAUGCUGUGGUGAACAUGUUCUUUUUUCAAAGUAAAUGGAAAGGAUUUUGUUUUUAAGUUUGGUUGGUUAAUUUCAGCACUCAACUGACACUAUUCUGUUCCUGCUUGUCUUUCAUUUUAUUUGAUAGAAAUGGCAUUGAUGCGUUUUGAAGGAUAUGUCUACAGUGAAAUGAAGAAAUACAUUUUAGGACAACAAUUGUUCUAUUAUAUACCAUUACAGUUAAAUUAGUAACUCUGGUUAGUAAAAAAGAGCAUUACCUUUGUCAUUUGUAACAUACAUGUUCAUGGUAUCACUGAUUUGAAGUGAUAAAAAUGUUUUGGCAGCAAGUGUAAAAUUUCUUUGUUUAGAAGUAUUUUUAUUGUGUACAAUGCUGUUUUGCAGGGUCUCAAUGGCCUGUGUCACGUUAUAGACAGCUCUGGUACCCUUCACAACAUGAUCAACAUUAUCUGUACUAGUUAUAUGUACCCUUGAUUUGACUGAUUCUGUUUAAUAAAUAGUAAUCACACUUGA